AACCAUCAACAUUGUCUCAUCACAAUGGAGGGAGUUCACUAGUUACAAAUCAUAUUACACCAACGGUUCCCCUAAAAACCCUCUCUAUUUCAUUCAUAUUCGCCACUUUUUCUAUCAUCCAUUUGAUUCGCACACACCCUUUGCCCAUUCAUUCAUGAAUGUGCCAAUUUGAUUUUGUAUCCUCCCGUUACGUUGUUGAGAGAUUUGUUCAACAAGGAUUCUUCGGUUAUCAUGACGUCAAUCGUAGCAAGAACUGGUCGUCAUCUUCAGCGUUACGACAAUAAUCUUCGCCUUGUGUCAGGGUGUAUUCCGUACAGACUGGACAAGACGAAAGAUGAGAACAGAAUAGAAGUGCUUAUGGUGUCUUCACCAAACCGUGAUGACAUGGUAUUCCCAAAGGGUGGAUGGGAGAGUGAUGAGACUGUUGAAGAAGCUGCAUGUCGUGAAGCUUUAGAGGAAGCUGGCGUAAGAGGAAUUCUUGAUGGAAAUGCUCUUGGAGUGUGGGAGUUUAGAAGUAAGAGUAAACAAGAAGCUUGUAGCGAGGAAGGGGGAUGCAAGGGAUACAUGUUCGCAUUACAAGUGACUGAAGAGCUUGAAACAUGGCCAGAAAAAAACAACCGCAACCGAAAAUGGGUGGUGAUUGAAGAAGCAUUUGUAUUAUGUCGGUAUGAAUGGAUGCGAAACGCUCUAAAAGAAUUCGUAAAAGUGAUAGAAAAGGGGGAAAACAAGAGGGAACAUAAAAUGUCAAUAAAUGUCAACAAAGAAGAUAAGCAAGUGACAAAAGAAGAUGAAGAUUGUCAACUAAUGCCAAACAUAUGCCAUGUUAAUGGGUCUAUGACAAUAAAUGUCAACAAAGAAGAUAAGGCAGUGACAAAAGAAGAUGAAGAUUGUCAACUAAUGUCAAACAUAUGCCAUGUUAAUGGAUCUAUGAGUACAUAUGGCAUAAUGGUUCCUGCUAGAAUUUUCCUUUAGUUUGCCCACAAACCGAUGCUUGAACAAAACUUUGUAUCGUUCUUGUUUAUAAACUGGUAAGGAAAUCCGCCUUUCAAGUUGUGUAUGUUAAUGGACUUUUUUAGAGAUGUAUAGCUCAUUAGUCACUAGAGAUUUGCAGGUUGAUCAUGUAUGGCAGAAUGCCAGAAUCUUCUUGUGUUUGAAGUUCUAAUCAAAGUUGUAGCAUGCAUGUGUGAAA